AUGUUCAACGUCGUGUUUGUUCUCGGACCUCCAGGAUCUGGAAAAGGAACCAUUUGCUCCAAGAUUCAAGAGAAUCUUGGAUAUGUGCACCUUUCCGCUGGUGACUUACUGAGAGCUGAGCGUGAACGAGCUGGAAGCCAAUUCGGAGCUCUCAUCGAGAGCCACAUCAAGAAUGGCUCAAUUGUCCCUGUGGAGAUCACUUGCUCGCUGCUUGAAAAUGCAAUGAACCUCCAUAAAACCGCCAACGGCUUCUUGGUCGACGGCUUCCCACGCAACGCCGACAAUCUCUCCGGAUGGAGCAAGCAAAUGUCUGGAAAAGUCCACGAACAGUUCGUUUUGUUCCUCUCGUGUCCAGUAGAUAUCUGCAUCAACCGUUGCCUCAACAGAGGGGAAGGUCGUACAGACGACAACGUGGAUUCGUUGAAGAAGCGUGUGGAAACGUACAACAAUCAAACUUUCCCAAUCAUCGAACAUUUCGGUAAACUUAACAUGGUUCGCAAAGUAGACAGUGAGAGACCGGUUGAAGAGGUCUACGAAGAUGUGGUCAAAGUUUUUGAAGCUGCCAACCAGAUGUGA